AUGGAGACAUCUACAACAUCAACUACAACAACGAAUUCAUCUACAACAUUUAACGGUGCACAGAUGUUUAAGAGACUGCGUUUGUUGUAUGAUUCAUGGGAGAAUACAGAGAAUGAACCAUUGUGGAAAUCAUGUGAUGCUGUAGUGUUGGCUCUCGGCAAUGCAGACGACAACAACCCAUACCAAAAGACUACUACCCUUCAAACUUGGUUGUGUGGUUAUGAACUCAAAGAAAGUGUCAUUGUCUUUUUAAAAAAGACUAUUCAUAUCAUUUCAAGUCCAAAAAAGAUUCAAUUAUUUGAAUCUACUACCAAGCCAACCGAUGUAGUAUUCAACGUUCAAUUCCAGUAUCAUACUGUCAACAAUGCAGAUAAUAACAAGAAAAACUUUGAUUUAAUAUUUGAAGAAAUUAAGAAAUCAAAGACUGGUAAAAACGUUGGUGUCAUUAUAAAGGAAAAGUUUAUUGGUGAUUUUGGUAAAGCAUGGAGUGAAGCACUCGAACAAUCAGGAUUGACCAAGAUAGAUGUUACAAUGGGAUUGGCAUCAUUAUUGGCUAUUAAAGAUGCACAAGAAUUGAAACAUAUAGCAACAUCAGCAAAGAUUUCAGAUAAAAUAUUAAAGAGUCAUUUAUUACCAAAGAUUGAAUCGAUUAUUGAUAAGGAGGAAAAAAUGUCUCAUAACAAGCUUACAGAUUUCACAAUUGAUGUCUUUUCACAUCCCGAAAAGAUCAAUGCCAAGUUAUCGACAGAUACUGUCGACUAUGCCUACACACCAUUUAUUCAAAGUGGUGGAAAAUAUGAGCUCAAGCUCAGUGCAACCAGUAACGAUGAUGACUUGCACUUUGGCACCAUGAUUGUGUCACUUGGUUCACGUUUCAAGAGUUACUGUUCCAAUAUUGCUCGUACCUACUUUGUCGACCCAACCAAAGAACAAAAACAAAAUUACAUUCUUUUGCUCAACGCUCAAAGCGUAUUGAUCAAGAAUCUCAAGGCUGGUGCCAAAUUAAAUACAGUCUAUGAUAAUGUAGUUAAAUUCAUUGAAGAACAAAAACCUGGCAUGUCAAAGUUUUUCCUUAAAAAUUGUGGUUAUGGUAUUGGAUUAGAAUUUCAAGAAUUAUAUUCAGUUAUUUCAUCAACCAAUCAAAGAGUGAUUAAAUCAGGUAUGGCAUUUAAUAUUAUGGUUGGUUUCCAAAAUCUUGAAAAUCCAGAUGCCAAGGAUGAAAAGUGUAAAUUAUAUUCAAUGAUGAUUGCCGAUACUGUUGCCAUUGAAGAGGAUGGCAAGGUCAAUGUGUUUACACAAGAGAGUCAAAAGAAACCAAGUGAAGUAUUCUACACAAUGAAUGAUGAAGCUCAAGAUGACGAAGAAAAGGAAGAUCUCUUGGAAAUGACCGAUGAACUUAAAGCUGUUGCAGGUAAAACAAGACAAACAAAACAAAAAUCAAGAACUAUUGAAGAAAAAAGAAGAGAUCAUCAAAACAUGUUGGCACAAAAAAAUUUAGAAGAAACUGAAAAUAAGAUUAGAAUGAUGGAAAAUAAGAAUGGUACAGGAGAAAAGGAUCAAAAGUCUGCAGUUGAAUUGGAUUAUAGCAGUUAUAAUGAGAAUCUAAGACUUUACAAUUCCGUUGGAAACUAUCCAACCGAUGUUGUAAAGAACAAAAUUACCAUUGAUUCAAACAAGGAAGCAGUUCUUUUACCAAUCUAUGGGUACAUUGUGCCAUUCCACAUUUCAACCAUCAAGAAUGCCAGCAAGACUGAAGACUAUUUACGUAUUAAUUUCAACGUGCCAAAUACAUUGACCGAGGAACAGAUCGAGUCUAUCAGUGUGCCACAGUCACUCUUUUACAUUCGUGAGUUGACCUUCCGUAUCCAAGACCCCAAGUCACUCACCAACACGGUACGUCUCAUCAAAGAGUUGCGUAAACGUGUCACCACCAGAGAGACAGAGAACCGUGAAAAGUCGAGUUUGAUCGCACAAGAGAAACUCAUCUUGACACGUGGCAGAUUCCCCAAGUUGAACGAUGUCUCGAUCCGUCCAACUAUUGCCGGUCGUCGUACACUUGGUAAUCUCGAAGCACACGAGAAUGGUUUCAGAUUCAAUCCAACUGGUAUCAAGGAUAAGACUCCAAUCGACGUUCUCUACAAGAACAUAAAACACGCUCUCUUUCAACAAGCCGAGCAAGAAUCGAUUGUACUCAUCCAUUUCAACUUGCACGAUGCUUUGAUGAUCGGUAAGAAAAAGGCCAAGGACAUUCAAUUCUUUACAGAAAUCUCUGAAAUGUCUCAAUCGUUGGAUGUUGGCAGCAGAUCGUUCCGUGAUGAAGAAAUGGAAGAACAACGUGAACACCAAAUCAAGGGCAAGUUGAAUGGCGAGUAUGCUCAAUUUGUCAAGCGUGUCGAAGAGAUUGUUCCAGGAGGCAUGGAGUUUGAUAUUCCAUAUCGUGAUCUUGCCUUUUACGGUGUGUCCAAUGUCACCACUACCCUCCUUCAACCAACUGUUCAUUGUUUGGUCAGUAUCCAUGAAGUCCCAUUCUUUGUCCUCACCCUCGACGAAGUUGAAAUUGCUUGUUUUGAACGUGUCAGUCGUGCCCUCAACAACUUUGAUCUCGUCUUUGUCUACAAAGAUUACAACAAGGUUCCAACUCGUAUAAGUAUCAUUCCACGUCAAUAUUUUGAAACUAUCAAGGAAUGGUUGGAUCAAAUCAACAUUAAAUUCUAUUUGUCCGAAAGAAAUCUUGUAUGGAAGAAGAUUAUGGAUUCAAUCAAACAAGAUUUGAAACAAUUCAAGGAAGAUGGUGGUUGGUCUUUCCUCGAUCCAGAAGGUGAUGAAGAAGAAGAAGAAGAUGAAGGUGAUGAUGAUUAUGAACCUUCUGAUUAUGAACCAGAAUCUGAUUCUUUAUCAUCUCAAUCAUCAGCAUCUGAUGAAUCAGAAGAUUCAGGUGAAAGUGAAGGUGAGGAUUGGGAUACACUCAAUUCCAAGGCUGCAGCUGAAGACAAGAGAAAGAAUUAUGAUGUCAAUGCACCAGGUGGUGCUACCGGUGGUGGUAGUAGCAGUGGUGGUGGUAGCAGCAGCAGAGAAAGUGAACAAAAGAGAAAGAGAAAGUAA